UUAGAGAUUAGCUAGCGAGUACAGUUACAGUGACUCCGGGUCACUGUGAUACACGUUGCCCGCGUCGGAUGUGCAUGUGCCCUGCGGGCCCUGUGACAUUCGACGUGAUGGGACGCUGUGCCUCUCACCCUCACCCUGGGUCAUUUAGAAUUUACUUAGUUAGAAAGAGAGGAGAAGGAGCAUUUAAUUUAUUUAAGAGAUCAAAAUCUUCUGCAGAUUGAGAGACAGGACAGAUCACGCCAUUGAAGAAAGCCGGCUUGGAUCAAGGAGCCCUCCAUCACUGUUGCUUGAGGGAGCUGCUGAUUGAUUCCCAUCCCAUUUGCCCAGAAAGUUGCUUCACUACUCCGUCCAACCUUCCCAGUUUCUUCAGCGUUCAGUCCUACGCACGUACUGAUUUGGGUUUAUAUAUAUAUAUAUAUAUAUAGGUGUGUGCACACAGCCUGCAAUUGUCGUCUCGAGACAAGAUCAUAUAAUUACCCAAGUGAAGUACAAUAAAUGGCAGGGAGGGAGAAAAGCUAUUCGAAUAUGAUAGAGAUCAUAGACCAAACGCGUGUUUUUCUGCCGCCAAAAACCGAAGACAGUCGUCCCUCUGCCCUUCCGCUCACAUUCAUGGACAUCCCGUGGCUUCUCCUCUAUCCCAUGCAGCGCGUCUACUUCUACGACUUCCCCCACUCCACUCUUCACUUCACCAACUCAGCCAUCCCUCUGCUCAAGCGCUCCCUCUCAGCCGCCCUUGGUCGGUUUUACCCACUCGCUGGUAGCCUUGCGUCCCCUCCGCCACCGGGCAAGCCCCACAUCCUCUUGUCCCAUAGCGACGGGAUCAUAUUCACCACCGCUAUCUCCACUGCUGACUACACCGAACUCAUAAGUGAUAAGCCGCAGUAUGUCGGGCUCUUGCACUCUCUGGUGCCACCACUGCCAGUGCCACGAGUGGAGGAUGAUGGCACAACUGUUGCUCCAAUUCUUGCCAUACAGGCGACCCUGUUCCCGGACUCGGGGCUCUGCAUUGGGGCCCGACAUCUCCACGUGGCAGCUGACGGGACGGCUAAUAAUCACUUUCUGAAGACGUGGGCCUCCAUGUGUAUGGCAGAAUUAGAAGGCCAGCCCGCUCGCAUUGAGAAGUCACUCCCUGUCCACGACAGGAAUGUCGUCAAAGACCCGAACGGGAUCGAGCCCGUCUUGUUGAAGGACUGGUUCUCAAUCCUGGAAGAUAAUAGUUCCCCAAGCCCAAGCCCAAAUCCAGGCCCAAGCCCAAAUAUGGACAAGGCCAUAGCCACAUUCACUUUGAGCCGGGACCAAAUCAGCAGGCUCAAGAGUUGGGUUCUGACCAAGCUCAGUCCAGCCACAUCGGAGUCGGAGCUCGAGCUAUUGCACUUAUCAACAUUUUCGGUAGCUUGUGCUUACACAUGGGUUUGCUUAAUCAAAUCGAAGGAGAUUGAAAGAUGCGACCCUUCUUCAGAUAGGGACUUCGGGAACAUAAUCUACAGAUUCGGUUUUGUGGCGGACUGCAGGAACCGCCUCGAAUAUCCUAUCCCGAUGACAUAUUUUGGCAAUUGUCUAGACCUGUUGCCUAUAACCCUCGAAAGAGUGGUGCUGGUCGGGACGCAUGGGGUUGCAUCUGCUGCAGGUGCUAUAGGGGCCAAAGUAAAGGAAUUGGGAAGAGAAGGUGGUGUACUGAAGGAGGCGAAGAGAUCGAUCUCGAUGUUUAAAAAUGCGGGAGACUUUGUGUCAGUUGCUGGGUCCCCGAGACAACGAACUUAUGAGACAAACUUUGGGUGGGGAAGGCCGAGGAAGGUCUUGCUGGUUCAUAUCGAUGCCUCGGAGUGUUUUUCCUUGUUGGAUAGCCCGGACGAGGAAGGCUGUGUGGAGAUUGGGUUGGCUCUGAGAAAGGAAUCAAUGGAUACUUUCUCUACUUUGUUUCAACAAGGAUUGAAUUCAUUUUGAUUGAUCACAAUUGCCCAAAGCAAUUAGAACAUGUAAAGCUGCAAGAUGAAGAUUUAUUACUCAUUGGGAGUUCUAUAUUAAUAGAUCUUCAGUGUUGAAGAUAAA